UUCCUUCCACCAAGCCGCGAACCCGGCCGACCCAUAUCCCUCCCCCUCACCGCCGUGCGCACCCCCAAACCCUAGCGCAGGCACCAUGGCGGCGGCGGCGGCGCAGCAGAAGAUCCGGUGGGGCGAGCUCGAGGAGGACGACGGCGGCGACCUCGACUUCCUCCUCCCGCCGCGCAUCGUCGUGGGGCCCGAUGAGAACGGCCUCAAGAAGGUCAUCGAGUACCGCUUCGACGACGACGGCAACAAGGUCAAGGUCACCACCACCACCCGCGUCCGCAAGCUCGCCAAGGCCCGCCUCUCCCGCAGCGCCAUCGAGCGCCGCCAGUGGCCCAAGUUCGGCGACGCCGUCAAGGAGGACGCCGGCUCCAGGCUCACCAUGGUCUCCACCGAGGAGAUCCUCCUCGAGCGCCCCCGCGCCCCAGGGAGCAAAGCUGAUGAGCCAGCUGCAUCUGGUGACCCACUGGCUAUGGCAAGCAAGGGAGGUGCUGUUCUCAUGGUUUGCAGAACCUGUGGCAAGAAGGGCGACCACUGGACCUCAAAGUGUCCCUACAAGGACCUUGCACCGCCAACUGAAAGUUUCACUGACAGGCCCCCGACGUCUGACGGCCCUCCUGCCGCAGGCGGUCCUGUUAAGGGAGCGUACGUCCCCCCAACCAUGAGAGGUGGCGCUGAUAGGAGUGCUGGAGAUGUGAUGCGCCGCAGGAACGAUGAGAACUCUGUCCGUGUGACCAACCUCUCGGAGGACACCCGCGAGCCCGACCUCCUCGAGCUGUUUCGCGCGUUCGGCCCGGUCAGCCGCGUCUACGUCGCGGUGGACCAGAAGACUGGGUCGAGCAGGGGGUUCGGCUUCGUCAACUUUGUGCACAGAGAGGAUGCGGAGAAGGCGAUCAGCAAGCUCAACGGUUACGGCUAUGAUAACCUUAUCCUCCGCGUCGAGUGGGCAACGCCGAGGCCCAACUAGUGUUUUUCUUUUUGCUGCUACUAUCUAGAGCUGCAUAUUUUGGGGAAACGUUCUAUAUUGCUAUGUCUCGGAAUAGUAUUUGUGUCAUGCGCAUAUGCCCUGUCGUAAAAACCUGCUGUUAUGUGUUGUUUUUGUUGGACGAGAAUAAUUAUACUCGCUGCUGUGUUUUUGCUGUC